AUGUUUAUGUCAUACAUCGUUAUUCUCAUACAUUGUUUUAUUAUCGAAGUUUUUACUGCACCUCCUUCAAAUCAAGUACUACCGAUAUCAACAUUAAAACCAACAGACCCACCAAAACCUAUUCAAGGUUCUACUCCACCUGGACCUGUUGAAGGAGACGAUUCUCAUUCAUCUCUAAAUUUAAUUGGUCCUAUAAUUGGUGCUGUUGCCGGAAUUCUUGUUAGUGUUUUAAUCAGUGUAUUUAUCAUAUGUUUGUAUUUAAAACGCAAAGCUCGAAAGACUCCAGUCAUUUCCAAAACCCCAGAUGUUAAAUUUAUUGAAUAUCCAUCACUUUAUACUGGUGCAAUAAGUACAGCAGACAGUACAGCAAAACUCUACGGAAUGUCCCCAACACGAAAUAAUUCAAUUACUUCACAUUAUUAUGAAAAAAUUAAUUAUAAUGAACAAUCUUAA